UAUUUUCAGAGCAAUUUUAUUGAAGACUUAUUGACAACGAUUAAAGCCAUUUUGACAACUCUCAGUUUGAUGUUGUAUUUUUUGUCUUGUGCUUACAACAGGCAUAACAUACGUUUAUGUUAUGUAAAAUGUUUGGACGUCUUGUCCUACAACAAAAAUACAUGUUUAAAAAUGUCCUCUGUAUUUAUCAUAAGUGGUAUACAUUUGUUUUGGUUUGUUGUGUUUUUUGUCAACUCAGUGAUGACCCAAGAGCCUGCCAUCAAUCUAGUGCUUCAUGCUCAAGAUUUUCUCUGUUUCAUGUUUGAAAUGCAAUUUUAUGUGAUCCUUUUGCUGGUGAAAUCAUCGCUUGAAAUGGUCACUCAUAGGAUAUCCAACUUUUUUCAUAUGAUCAAGGAAAACAAAAUUGAUACAAAACUUAUUUUGCCAGAUUACUUUGCAAAUUGUUUAGAAGAUACUAGAUUGUUACAUAUGGAGAUAUUUGACAUGAUGGUAAAUGUUAAUAAAAUUUAUGGUCUUAAUACAUUAACCAUAAUUAUUCAAUCAAGAAUUUUGUUUGCCAUUUACUUGUAUUCAUAUAUUACAAGUUUUUCAUUAAUUGAACUUGUAGAAAGUAUUGCAACAUUUCAAAGAGUUGCAUUGCUGUGUUAUUGCAGUGAACUAAUCAAACGAAAUGAAAAUAUUAUUAAAAGUAUGGUUAAUGAAAUGGAUACAAAUUUAUUGCCUGGAGACAAUUAUAAGCAACAGAGACUUUUAUUUAAUCACCAAGUACAAAAAUUGAAGUUUGAUUUGGAUGCUUUAGAAAUGUUUCCAAUAAAUUUAGAAACACUUCUAUCUAUAUUAAUAACUACUGCCAGUUAUCUUCUUCUAUUCAGCCAAUUAAAUUUAACUUUAUAGAGUUAAGAUUAAACUGUAUCUUUUUCAAAUGUAACUUAUUUAUAUAAUCUUAUAAAUAUAAUUUGUGUUUAUUGAUUGUAAAAAUAAAAAUAUUUACAGAUUGUACAAAUUUUAAAUUAAAAAAAAAAAUUAUUUAUUUAUUUAUUACUAAA